GAAGCACUGACGCUAGCUUAAACAGCUACUAUAGCUAUCGAUAGGAGCCCUUCAGUCGACAACUCAUCGGGUUAAAAUAAUUAUAAAAAACAAAUCUUCGAACACAACGUUCUUCAUUUUAGGUAUCCCACCUUGAAGAUUCCAUUAACUUCUAUACAAUAACUGCAUCAUCACUACUUGCCCUGUGACUCAGGGAAAAUAAUGUGCUGCAGCUGAAGAUGGGGGGUAGUGGCUCCAAAUCCAAGGGAUUUUGGCCUUUCUCUGGCUCAGGCAGUGGGGACGAUGCAGCCAAAGAUGGAAACGAGCAGACACUGGCAAGAACACGAAGUUUCCCUGGAGCUACUCCCUUUGUGUUCACAAGAAGAAGCUCUAUGUUCUUCGAUGAGGACGGGGACUUGGCCCACGAGUUUUACGAGGAGACAAUUGUGACAAAAAAUGGCCGUAAAAGAGCCAAGCUGAGAAGGAUUCAGAAGAACUUAACACCUCAGGGAAUUAUAAACCUGGACCACCCACGCAUCCAUGUAGAUUUCCCCGUUAUCCUUUGUGAAGCCUGACCGUCUCUGCGGGACUCAGACAAGCCACUGUGUCAGCUCCGUCCUGGUUUUGCUUCUUUCCUCAACACCCUGCAAACUAAAGCCAGAAACAAAUUUGAAAUUACACGAUCUCCUAAAUUCUCUGAAGCCCCUGUUUGGAAAUGCUCUUGCAUUGUGUGCCGAUUCUCUGCAUGUGACCCGUUUUUUGGCUUUGCGUGCAGUGAGAGACGGGAUGGACCGCCUGUUGGGACAAAGAGGAAAAGGAGAAUCCUCUCACAUUUUGGGGAUCUUGGCUCGUGUGCAUGUUGUGUGAAUGUGUGCAGACAAAGGAUGAAAACUUUAAGAGUCGGAAAUAUUCUUUUGCUGCAGAUUGUUUUCUUGUUCCAUGCAUUGAACUCAAUGAGUUUAGAAUAAAAUGCAUUAUUAUGAUUUUAUCUUAAGUGAGCAAUUUUUCUCUGCACAUAGAAUUUUAUUGACACUAUUUUGUUUUGCUUCAUUUUGGAUGGAGAUGAGCUGGUUUGGGCUUGCAUCCCUGUGAAUUGGCAAUCAGUAGCCACCCAAUGAAUAUAUAAAGGAAUGGUAUUAUAUAUAAUGUAACAUUUGAAGGACUUGUUUCCCUGACUUCCAUAACCACAAACGUACAAAGCAGAAGUGAGUUAAAUUGGAGAUCCUGAUUUGUUUUUUCUUUGCUGUUUUGGCAGGAUGUGUUUCAGAUUUAAUUUAUUAAAACAAAUUUUUUAAUUACAGACUG